GAAACCCUUGCCGCGCUAUUGAACAAAGCGUUCCGCUCGAAAGUUUGUCGAACGAAGGGGAGUUUGUUUGAUUUUAGGGCUGUUUCUCUCAAUAUUUUUAUAGCUAUGGCUACUGCUACACGUUCAAAUCACAGUCACAGUACGCCGGCAAAUAAGAAGUCGGAUAACGCCAGUUUUGCAUCGCCAACGAAAAUAUCGAGGAUGCAGGAACGGGACGAACUUGGGCAUUUGAACAAUCGCUUAUCUGUGUAUAUCGAGCGAGUGAAGAAUUUAGAAGCCGAAAAUGCUAGUCUAUCGGCCGAGAUUGAAACGACAAAGGUCCGUACGGAAAACGAGGUGAACAAUAUGAAAAACAUGUUCGAAAAUGAGCUCAGCGAUGCUCGAAAAAUGCUGGACGAAACCUCGAUGGAAAAGGCUCGAAUACAGCUCGAAAGCGGGCGAAACGCGAGCAUUGUUGCAGAAUACAAAAUAAAGUAAGUAAACAUGGCUUGUUUCACGAUCGCUUUCAACGACGUGUUCUUAUUUAUACGUAGUUCUGAACAGGGUUUAUUAAUAAACUAAGUAAAUAAGUUUUCGUAUAUAUUUUUUGUCGAAGCACGUGUAAAUAAAUAUGGCGACAUUCUAGUUCCUUCUAUAAAAACACCUUGAUACGUGUUACUUUGUCGGUGUCUGUCUUUGGUUGCGGUCGAUUUCAAAUAUAUAGAUGUAUAUCGUAAACAACUCGUGCAUUACACAGCAUUUUGAUUAAAGAUACACUUAAAUUCCAAGCAGAAAACAAACUAUUUGUCAAGAUUGCUGGCCAGUCACGAAAAUAUAUAUUGAUUAUUGAGCAUAUUGAAUUAAUAAUAACGAUCAAACUUGACUGUCAUGCACAAUUCGAGCGGGCAUUAGCAGCGUUUGUAUGCAAUAAACCCAGCGUUCUAUAAAAAAAUUGACACUUUGAGAAAGGUGUAGUACAUCUGUGUGGGCUAUAAAGACAUAACACCCGGUAAAAGAGGCUAUAUUAUUAAAGACUUGUUAAUUAAACGGUGUUAUUUCAAGAUUUCGUGACCUGCUUUUGGAGCUGUCACAGAAGGCGUAGAAAAUUAGCGUCGUUUAUUUAUAAUGGCCAUUUGCUUUAUGCUUUUGUUUCAAAUUGUUCUCCCUAAAUUGCCACAGAGUUACUCUAGCGAACUAUAAUUGCAUUUAUACUUCGUGAGUUAAUAUUUGAGAUUAAGUCCAAUAUUUCUUGGCAACAUAUGACGUCCUUUGCCUUCAAAAUUAUACCAAAUGUUUGUGGUGAAGAAUGCAAACAAUGUUUUAAUAGGAAAUGAACCUAUGCUAUAAAAACCCCGUUUACACGAGCAAAAUUUUAUUGUGACAAAUUUCAUAUGUCAAAGAUAUUUUGCUCGUGUAGAUGGUAAAUUUGUGACAAAUUUAUUGUGACAAAUGCAUUUGAACAAAAGCUAGCAUGAUCCUACAGUUUUCAUAAAGCUGUGUUUAGCCAACGUGUCCAGCUGGGCUUUGUGUGUGGACAAUAGCAAUAAAUGUUGUUUUCAAGAUUUUCUAAUAAAACCUCUGGAAUUGUGGUUCUGGGUGAAACAAUGUGAUAAAGUCCCUGAGUACCACACCUUAUAGACUGUCAAUAUUGAACUUGAUGAUGGAUCAUUCCAGAAAACAUCUACCAUUGGUUAUAUUUGUAUUAUUACGCAGGAGAUUAACUGUAACGAAACAUAAGUGCUUGACAACACAGAUUUUGAUUGAAAAAAUCUACAUAAGUACAAAGUAUAUUUGCCUGGAUAUAUUAUGUGUCGCAUUCUGUAGCUGUGUAGCACACCAUCUAUCUGGCAUGCUUUUGCUCUUAAUUUGCCCCUGAAAUAAUGAUUGACAAAUUGCAAGGUGUGAUUAAUCGUACCGGAGGCACUCCAAUAUGGUUGUAUAGUACCUCUUUGUUUUUAGCCACGUAUUUUGUAGGUACAGUAUGCAGAACUCUUGCUAUCUGCGUACUUAGCUCCCACUUGUACCAUGUAGCAUAUGACGUUUCCAAGCCUAAGUUAUUCAAAACCAUGUAAUGAAAGUCUGACAUGACUUGGCAUUAAACAUGAUUGGACUGAUGUGAACUGAUGAGAUGGGACUAAGUACCCCUUGAGUCUUAAGUUUGUACCAGUUCAAGUAUGUGGAGUACCAGUCAGGUACGACUAAAAGUUUUGAAUUAUUGCACCCUGCAUUGUGUUUCAAAUGUGUCCACACAAGUUGACUCAUUGAUUAUUUAAUUUGUCAGUAAUAAUAACAGGGCUGCAAAUAAAUGUUUGACUUGACAGGACAUUUGUCCGAUCACUUUUAAUUUUGGUCGGACAUAACUUGAAUUUGGUCGGACAAAAACCAACAUCACUAAAUUUGGUCUGACAUAUAUACGUCACAAAAUAUAUAUAUAUAUAUAAGUCACAAGACCAUUGUAUAGCCAUUCCGACGCAACGUAUUAAGUAAAAUGCUAGAAUGCCUUAUUGCAAAAUGCAAAUUGAGUGAAUUUGCAAUUGGAUUUUGUCACAGCAAAGAAAUGUAUGUGACAAUUUUUUUUUGUGAUCAGAUGGACCAAUGUCCAAUCGAAAUUACUUUGUUUAGCAACAAUUGUUCGCCUGAAGACGGACAUUUAAAAUGUCCGAAACGUUGCAAAUUUAAUUACAUUAACCUUUUGUAUAUAUCCUUGAGAAAUAAAAAUGAAUAAUAAGUUAUGAACAACAAAGGUGAAAGUUUUAGAAACAAGAUUAAAAUUACUUUUGCUCGGACAUUUGCCAAAUUUAGUCUGACAUUGUCCGACAGUAAUUUGCAGCCGUGUAAUAAUAUCCUGUGAUAGUUUAACAUAGGCUGUUGCGGUAUACCGAUAAUUAUCGUUUUUAUAAAUAUCGAUCAUGCGAUAUUGAAAUUUUCGUUAUAUCAGAAUAUCUAUAUUUUUGGUAUUAUCGAUAUCACGUUUACAUUUGUAUAUAUUUAGAUGUCAUAUCAAGCUUUUUGAAGCGCUGAUUGGAGUUAUUUUAGAAGGACAAAGAUGAUAAAUGUGCUAACUCUGCAAGCAAAAUUCAAUCUCGAAAAAAUAUCAAUAUAUCGGUAUUUUUUUCCUUUUUCGGUUUUUUAAAAUAUUAAAUAUCGCACCGGCUAGUUUUACGGAGUGUCAGCUACGGUCAAAAUCUGGCAUUAUACACCGUUUUCACAAUUACAUCUAUUAGCCAGCAAUUUCACAAUUUAGAUCAGCCAAAAACGUAACUAUUAUCAAUAGAGUAGCCAGCCCGACGAUUUAGUCCCACUAUACAAAUAUUUUCGUGUUCAUUGACUGUGAAAACAAUCAAUUUCUAAAGAAAUGAAUGAUAAUAAUUUUGAAUUUGCAUAGCAGGACUAAAUUGUUGGGCUGGCUACCCCACUGACUAUUAUAUAUAUAAAUUAUUGUUCAACUUCAAAACUUUGCUCAAGAAAAAUUUGGGUACCAGAUAAGUGUUGUGAUACCCUGGUUCCAGAGGUUUAAAAUAAACCUCUGGUUGAAAGCGGCAAUUGAUUCAUCGAGUGCACCAAUCAGUUUGAAUUAGGGUCAGAUGUUGACUCUGUCUCCUGAUUGGAUAAUUGUAUUAAAGCUCUCUGAUUGGUUAUAGAUGUUUUGUUUGAAUCAAUCAAAGAGCUUUAAUACAAUCAUCCAAUCAGAGACAGAGUCGGGUCUGACCAGUAAUUCAAUCAUCCAAUCAGAGACAGAGUCGGGGUCUAAUUCAAACUGAUUGGCGCGGCUCGAAUCAAUUGCCGCUUUCAACCAGAGGUUUAUUUUUCCUCUCCCCUUCGCAAUGAAAAUAAUAAAAAUAAACCUCUGGAACCAGGGUAGUGUUGUGAGGAUGUCAUCCCCUAUUUUUAGAUUUGGGUUAGGAUUAGGGUUUAACCCAUUAAGAGGCAGAGCUUCCCCAUUGAUGAGUAAAAUCGUCUGGCGUUAGACAAGUAAAAAAAAUAAGUAGCGCGCACUGGGGUGCAUUGCGGCUCAAUGGGUUAAAACACAAAAUGAUACAAAAUUACAAAAGUCUAAAAAUAUUAACUCUGUCUAAAACGUGACAGGUAUAGUCAACCUUGCAGGAAAAGCAAGAGUAUCUUGCAUGCAUCUUAUUGGCAGAUGACGUCAUCCCUUGGGCAUAUAAGAAGCCCCAUUGCAACUUUAGAUCACCCCGGAUGAAGACACUAGACUGGAUCGAGUGUCGAAACGUUGGGUCUUGAUUACAAUUCGACUGGGCUUUGUAAUCAUUUAUUUAAACCAGAGUAACCAGCAAACUUUAACAUCAUUUGAAAACAGAAAAUCUUGCUUAAUUAAAAUUAUGUUAUAUACAAUUGCGAAAAAUUGUCGGUAUUUUUUCUGUUUUCGGGGUGUCUUUUCAAUACCGCAACAGCCUAGCAGGGCUGGAAACUUGCGGUAUCCCGAUAUCCACAGGAUAUCAGAUUUUAAUUUUGGAUACUGGGUAUCAUAAGCUCAGUAUCAUAAGCUCAGUAUCCCAACUGGAUACUAGGAAAACUUAGAAAUUGCGAUAGUAGAUAAUCAUCUAGACGUUUGGCAUGUUUCUGAACUUCAAUGUCUACGGAUUUUGGCAGAAUAUUUAAAAAAAAAAAAUUUCACAAACGGUGCUUUCUUUCGUAUCGCCGCAGUGUAUUGUUUUCAGUUUUUUCGAAUUUCAAUACAUAUUUUUAUUAUUGAAACUAAAGGCCAGGUUUUUGCUCAGCAACUGAAGGCCUGGUUGCAAGGUAAAAUUUUGCCUUGCUUAGAUACUGGAAAUAGAAUAUCUAGUAUCCAGAUCUGGGUUACUAUAUUUCAAGGAUGGAUACUAGAUUCUAUGAUGCUGGUAUCCACUUGGAUACUGACAAAAAUUUCAAGUUUCGAGCCCUGCCUAGUUAAGCUGGUCAUGGGGGAGUGAUUGAAGCUCAAAAUUCAAAUGUACCUCUUCCUUAGGUAUGAUGAUACAUCCAAGAAGCUCAACACAUGCGAAGAGAAUCUUCAACUUGCCGAGACGAAACUUUGUCACAGUGAGAAAAUCUUGGAGAAAACAAUUCGAGAUAAACGAAAGAUGGAAGGUGACGUUGACGUGUUGGAAAAGGAAAAUUAUGCGCUGAAAGAAGCUGUUGAGACGUCAAAGUGUAGUCUGGAGGAAGAAAUAUUGCUCAGAGUUGACAUUGAACAUCAACUCCAGUCGACAAAAGAAGAGAUGAAUUUUAAACAGCAAAUGUUUAACAAGGUAGAAUUUUUGGACAGCAUUCACCCCCCUCCCUCCCGAAACUUUUUUCUCAAUUCUAAAAAACUAUACAUUAUAAUUAAUUUGUACUAUUUCCAGGAUCUCCCCUCCUGAAAAAAAUUGUAGUUUUACAUGGAUGUCCCCCCCCCCCUGGAAAGUGUGGCUGAGCAGGAUAAACUCCCCCUUCCCUGAGAGGGGAGACACUUGGAAAAUGGGUUGAAAGUGGGUGAUGCUUCCUCCCAUCCAGGGUCUUAGCUAGCAUUUUAUAUCUUGGGCGUGUUUCUAAAUUUCCAGUGUGUGCCCAUGUGUCAAUUGCCUUGAAUAGCCUUUAAAACAUGAUUCCGGUUAUGCUUGUUAACAAUAGACUAUACCUGUGGUUGUUCUAUGCUUUUCAACCAAAUAUGAGGCGAGCAUAUGCUCAUAUUUCGCACUGACAUUAUAAUAAAUUAUUUUAGCAACUGUUGGGGGCAUUUAAAGCCAUUUAAACAACCAUAUAGUGCCCAUUAUCCAUCAAAACAUUAAAAUAUCACGGAUCACUUUUAGCAAUUUCAACAACUACAGUAGAUUUUACAAAGAAAGUAUGUAUGUUGUAAGUAGAAACACCUUAUUUUAUGAACCUACAUGUAUGGCCAAAAAUAAAUAUUUAAUACUGAAGCCGCGUUCAUUUCAUCUAGCCGUGUUUUUACAUUUUUGGCCACGAUAACACGGCCUUCUAGCUAAGACCCUGCUCCCACCUUGGAUUGGAAAAUGUAGUGGAUGAACCCCCCUACAAUCUGGGGGUGGUCCUCUUGUCUUGCCCCCAUGAGGUCAUAAUUUUAAAACUUCAGAAAUAGCACUAUAUGUGGUACCUAUACCCUCUCCCUAUCAUAUUUGGGCCAGGGCAUAUCCCCUUGCACCUUAGUUCUUUUCCUCAAUGUGUUGUGUGACUUCCAGGAGUUGCAGGAGAUGAGGAAUCAAAUCCAGCAUGUUGAGAAGCAGAAAGUGAAAAUUGAAAGUGACUACAAGUCAAAAUAUGAAGGCAUCAUGACCGAGAAGCUGCAAGAAUUACGUGAUAUCUAUGAUGAAGAAAAUGAAAAGCUUACAAAUGAUGUUCAGAAUCUGUACUUAGCUAAGGUAUGGAAUUGUAUGGAACUCAACCUUGCUUCCCUCAUCUUUGCAAUGUCUACCACCCCACAUCUUCUGAUCUCUUCAUUCCAUAAUGUCUCUGAUCUGCUCUACUUCAUCUCAUCUUAUUACACUGUACCUUCUCUGCAAUGUCUACUACCCCACAUUAUCUUCUGAUCUCUUCAAUGUGUCCAUACACCUUCUCUGCAAUGUCUACUACCCCACAUUAUCUUUGGAUCUCUAUUCUCUUCAUUCCAUAAUGUCUUUGACCAGCUCUCAUCAUCUCUUAUUACGUGUCCAUGAACCUUCUCUGCAAUGUCUAUCACCCCACAUUAUCUUCUGAUCUCUUCAUUCCAUAAUUUUCUGACCAGCUCUCAUGAAUCAUCAUUUCUUAUUAUGUGUCCAUUCAUCUUCUCUGCAAUGUCCUACCACCACAGACUAUCUUCUGAUCUCUUCAUUCUGUAAUGUCUCUGACCAGCUCUCAUUUCGUCUUGUUAUCUGUCCAUACAUCUCUGCAUUGUCUACUACCCCACAUUAUCUUCUGAUCUCUUCAUUCCAUAACUCUAUCAUCAUCAUUUCUUAUUAUGUGUCCAUUCAUCCUCUCUGCAAUGUCUACCACCCCAGACUAUCUUCAUUCUAUAAUAUCUCAGAUCUUUUCUUAUUAUAUCUCAAUGUUGCUUCCCUCGUCUUCUCUGUAAUGUACUGUAUACCUGUACCUUCACCAAAACCUGUAAGGUUCAUCUCAACAUUCACAUUUCCCUCCCACAAAUUAUGAGUGUAAUUUCAGUAUGAAGAUAUGAAAGAUCAAGCAAGAGAAGAUAGCAAUAAGCUUGCUGAAGCAAGAGACACAAAUAGAGAUCUGACAAACAAGUUGGAAGAUGUCCGAGCUGAACAUACAGUUGCCCAAUCAAAGGUAACUAAGGAACUUUGUUACAUCAUUUUAUUAAAGUACAUAAUGUUGGAGAGCAAAUAGAUGACAGUUAUCCCUGUCCCCAAUAAAAACCUUUGAGAGACUGACCUGAACCAAGUCUUUUUAAAUCCCUGUUAACAUAAUUUAGUCACGUGCGUAAAAGGUUGGGUAAAUGAAAAACAAAACAACUCAAGGGUUGCGUUAACUAUUAAAAUGUGUUGUUAUUUCCAAAGCAUGACUCACUCAAAUAUUGAAGACUAAAAAGCAAUGUCAACAGUCAUAUGUCAAUACAAUAUGUAAAUCAAUCAGAGUCUCUAUCUUGAUCAUUUUCCGAUUUGCCAAGGAGGCAAAUGGUAUCUCCAAAUGUGCAGACAACAUGAAACUUUAGACUGCAGAAAAUUGCACAGGACACAGGGUUCGUAGCGGUCUUUGAAAUCUUCGAAAGUCUUUAAAUUAGAAUGCAGGUCUUUAAGGUCUUUGAAAAAUCUUUCAAUUGUGUGAAAAAGCGAAGAAAGUGUAUUACUCUCGUAAUUUUUCGACAGCUGAUUGCUCUCAAAGGUCUUUGAAAAGUCUUUGAAAAUAGACAGAAAAAAUCUUUGAAAGUCUUUGAAUUGUUUUGAUCUUGGAGACUACACGAAUCCUGCCGACAUGUGUGAUAACUGCAUGGUACCCGGGUAAAGACCUAUACCUAAAAUGAUAAUGUUUUGUGAUUGGCUUUCAGAAACAAAAAUGAUCAUUGUUCGUGACUCGUUCUUUAGAAAGACGAUUUCUAUAGUUUUAUUGUCUUUCAUUGUUAUAAUCAACCAACCACGAGCCUGGAUAGUGUAGGUAGAUGAUGACCCUGGUAUCCUUUUGUGAAGUUUUUGGCCAGGGGUGGGUAUUUAGUUUUUAAAUAAUAUUUGAGGUAUUUUUUACCAAGAAAAACAUUUGUCUUCAGUGCCACCCCCUGUCAUAAAUAAUGACCGGUUCCUAAAAUUUAACCCAGCUGUUUUAGUUUAUGUAUUUAUGUACGUCUGUUUACUUCAAAACUUCAGAGAAGAAAAGUCCUACUGAUCCAGAUAAUAUUUCUGAAGAAGUAUUUUCAAAUUUUUAAACAAACAAAUAUGGCUUUGAGAAAGAUAUUUUGUUUCAAACAUGAGUGAUGUUAACAUUCUUGUUUUUGUAAAAGGUCGACUCCCUUCAAAAGCGGCACAAAGAGCUGGAAGUUCUGCUUGAUGAGAAACAACGUCGUGCCAAUGACACCAUUAACUUGCGUGACGAAGAAAUCAGGGAUCUCCGUGAAAGCAUGGAGGAACAGCUUGCACAGUACGAAGAUUUGAUGGGAGUUAAAGUUGCCUUAGAUAUGGAACUUGCUGCUUAUAGAAAGCUGCUGGAAGGCGAGGAAGUCAGGUAGGUCUGGAACAAAGCUCCUUGGUAGAGACACUUAUAGAAAGACUUAUAAAAAUCUGGUACCAAAUAUCACGAUUCACAAGCAUUGUUUAGGAGCAAGUGGCAAGCAUCCAAUCACACCCGUAUAACGUAAUUGUUAUAUUAAAUAAUGACUAUUAAAAAAACUUAUAUAUAUGAUUCUGUACAAUGCAUGGCACUGGAAACUAACUAGGAAAAUCAAUGUUUUAAAAUUUUUAAACAUUUUUAUUGUUAACCAUUGAGUAGUAAGAUCGUGAAUCAUGCAUAAUUGAUUUUCCUUGUUGUUUUUUUUUUAAUUAAAAGGGCUGAAAUGCGCCUUAAAACCCAUCAAUCAAAUGGCUUAACUGUGCCUUUGAAAUGUAUAUCCAACGAUUUUUUUCUUGUUACAGAUUAAACAUCACUCCCCCGCCUUCGCCAGUGUUUGGUGAUAAUUUCAAACCGAAAAGAUCGAACAAGAGGCCGCGUACUGAAGACUUGCAAGCCACAACCACGAGCACAACUACUGCGGCAACUGGAAAUGUCCAGAUUAUUGAAUCGGAUAACCAGGGGAAAUUUGUAAGACUUUUCAACAGUGGCACGAAGGUAAAUUGGAAGUACCGUUGCCCCCGUCUUAAUUCUUAUUGUUUAACUGCAUUUCAGUAGGGGAGGUAUUGCGCCUGAACUAUACCUGAAAAAGAUAUCUCAAACAUGUAGUGUUGUGUCAGAACCAUUGUCUGAACUACCUGAAGAAGAUCUCAAACAUGGGGUCCAGUCUAGGUAGUAUUCUACAAAACGGCUGAAAAGGAUUGGCAUAGAGAAACAUAUAUUCUUGGUUUGUAGCUAACAAAAGAAUAUGAUUAGCAGCUCUUCUAUUUGGAGCGUCUUUUUAUCCAACAUGACCGCCGUAUCUUUAUGUUGUAAAUCUCAAGGGAUUGAUUGCAAACCACCUAUAUUACUCUGUCUCUAAGGACAACUCGUGAAUCCAUAAUCCACGUUUACUGCGAUGAAAAAUAUGCUGCUGUCACGUGACCAAAUUUGCAUUUUUUCGGACAACUUUCGCACUCCGCUAUUCAAAGUGUAUACACGUGCGCGAUAUAAACAAGCGAAAAUAUCGCAAAAUAAGGACGAUUUGAAAGUUUUUUUUUUGUAUUUGUGGGUAUAUUUUAACUCCUGUAAGUGUAAUAUAGCGAAGAGAAAAAUGGUAAUGAGAAUAAGCGUGUUUCGGACAUGACUGUUGCCGAACUAAAGGAGUAUUUGAAAAUGCGUGGCGUUACUGCAAACGGCUAUUUAAAACCUGCUUUACUUCAAAUUGCUCAAGCAGUGGAGAAAAUGAUGUUGCCGAUUGACCCAAAUCAUGAAUAUGGAAAUUCGGAUCUCAAGAACGCAAGAGAAACAUUUAUUAUUCAUGAUAUGGUGAUACGUCAGCCAUUGUCAUAUCCAGUUGUGAACGACUUUAUACUAGAUUCGCGACCCUUCGGUUUGUAUAUUUUUAACUGUUUAAUAUAAAGCUCAGCUGAGUAUGAUAAACAGGGACUUGCCUCAUAUAAAUCAUUCGAAGAUUAUAGAGGCUGCAAGCACAUCGCAGCCUGUUUGUAUUCGCUGGAGGAUGUACUGCAUAAUCGGUAAUCGCGAGAGUGUAACAUCUGGUCCAUGCCAGGUCUUAGUAGAAAAGCGCAAAUAUAUUGAUUAUAAAAUAUAACUUACUUUAUUCCCAUCAGCUGUAGCUGGUAUCGGAUCACGGAUAAUCCGCUGUGGGUCCAUUUUCGUCAAUAAAAUGAAAACCGCAUAUAUAGCUGUCUUUCCGACAGACGAACUUGUCGCCUCGACAACAUGCAUUUAUCCAAAUUUGCCUUCUUUCCUUAGAUUUAUUCUCACUUGGGAAACUGUAGAAAGAUACUGAAGUCCCAUUGUCCUUUUUUAAGCGUGCUGGUUACCUCGAAUCGCUUUUGCAUAUUCCCCAAGCACAUCUCUUUACCAUAAUUUGUGAAUCACUUAUAGUAUAAUCAUGGAUAGUAUAAUCGAGGCCGUCGAGCGAAAUAUAUCCCUAUAUUUUCGUACCCACACAACGGGAAAUUUUUCUCUUCGCUACAUAUUACACUUACAGGAGUUAAAAUAUACCCACAAAUACAAAAAAAACCCUUUCAAAUCGUCCUUAUUUUGCGAUAUUUUCGCUUGUUUAUAUCGCGCACGUGUAUACACUUGAAUAGCGGAGUGCGAAAGUUGUCCGAAAAAAUGCAAAUUUGGUCACGUGACAGCAACAUAUUUUUCAUCGCAGUAAACGUGGAUUAUAUACACGUCUAUACAUUGCUACAAAAACUCAAAUUUUUUUCCAUUGUUUUAUUUUAUCAAAUCCUAGGAGGAAAUGAUGGGCGGUUGGAUCGUUUCUAGAACGAUUGAUGGUCAGGAACCGAUUAGUUAUAAAUUUACACCAAAGUUUGUUCUUAGAGGUGGCCAAUCAGUUACGGUGAGUUGAUUACUGAUAAAUUUUAGCCUGAAUUCCAAUUCAUCAUUUCCCCUGCUAAUUCAGGCCGUGUUUACGCUAUGACACUACGGCAAAUUUACCGUAGCGCGCGUAUUGAUUUGUAUCCGGAGUGCCAAGCGUAGUGGUCCGUAGUUGGUACGCUACUUCAAACAAUUUCGUUACAGUGUAAACACAAUACUAAGAAACGUAGUGAAUUUUUAACGAAAUGCUAGCCGUAGCGUUAUAGUGUAAACGCGGCCUCAGUGAGAGCAAGGCCUUGGAUGAGCAUUGAAGCAAACUUGACCCAACGAUCUCAAAUGAUGCCCAAAAUUACGUUGGAACUCCUGUGUGUGUGUGUUUUCCCUUAUUUCCGGUAAUAAGAAUGUAUAACUUAUCCCAAGGUAAUAAGAAUAGCCACAUACGAUAAUAUAGUAAUGGUAAUAAGAAAGUUUUAUUUGCCCAAGAAUAUCGUACAUAUUGUAUUUCAAAACUAAACUAAGUUUAUUUUCACUGGAUAACUCUAUCAGUUUUAAACUGUUCUUCAUAGAGGACCAGUAGGAUAAGGAGACAUUCCUUACUUAAAUGUGUGUGAUGUCUCCACACCUGGCAAACUGAAACGUUUGCUUAACCGCGGUGGGAAUAGAACCCACCGACCCCUUUGGUUUGCUAGUGAAAUCCUCGACCUCGGAGCUCAUUUGGUACAGCAUUGGAGUAGCAAACCAAAGGUCGCGCGUUCGUUUCCCACCGCUGUCAAGCAAACUUUUCAGCUUUCCCGGUGUGAACACACAACAUCACAAGCAUAUAUUUUCACCUGAGUACAUGACACCAGAAACAAACAGUUCAUUCCUUACUUGUCCAGUGUUACUGCAGGAGGAAUUGUAAACCAAUUUUAUUUAUACGUAGUUCUAAGCUAUUCUUCCUGAUGAUCAUCCCUUGUUCAGUUUUGGUCCUGAAGAAAACCUGACGCUUUUGGUUGCGUUAAACUAGAAACACUCUUAGUUGGUGAAAUUAUAAUUGGGAAGCCCUUGUCACAUGACACCCUUUCGCCUUUACGAGAGCCCACCCUUAACUAAAUUCUGCAAAUGAUAAAUUGUCUCUGACUGGUAAAUUUAUGUUUUCAAAGAUCUGGGCGAAUCAGGGAGGUGGUCAGCACAAACCACCGACAGACUUGGUAUUCCGACAGCAAUCAUCAUGGGGAACUGGCAAGGGAAUUAAAACAGCAGUCACCGAUAACGAGGGCAAGGUGCGUAAUACUUUAUGUCAGUUUGCUGACGAACAUCAGGAAUUGCAUGACUUUGAAAUCAGAUUGCUUGCGUCUGUAGUUGGCGUGACCGACUACAAAAAAUAUGUUAUGCUGACUUUGUGAAUUGUGAGAUACAGCCGUUUUAAGCUCUGGUUAAACGUUGAUAAGAGUUGAUAAAAGUUGGCAAGCGAGAGUUUACAUCAGAGUUUUCUCAACUCUCGUGCACCGGUGUGUGGAGGUGCCUUGAAAGGUGCCCGUGGUGCGAUAUUUUUUCCAUGCCUGUUUGAAAAGAGGAUUAAAAACAGAUUAUUAAAACAAUAGGCUAAUAGCUAAGUUUUAGUUUUUAAAAAAAUUAAGAACUUUAGAUCUUUCAAAAAUUGUGUAAGUUGAGAAUAUUAAAAGUGCCGAAAUUUGAAAAUCUAAUUGAAAUUCCAUCUCUAUAACAUACGCAAAUUUCUUUCCAUGGACCCCUAAUCAAGGUCGGUUAAAGUCCACUAAUCGCAAAUAUAAUUUUUAGUAUGUGUAGUAUUAAUUUGUCGGAUGUGAUGUCAAUAUAGUGAAUUUCAUGCAUAAAUAAUUACGCUGAUUUAUGCUGAUUUAAUUUAUGUUUCAUGCAUAAAUAAUUACGCACAUUUUACCAAAAUUUAAUCAAUUCGUCCUAGGACAAUGUCCAUUAUAGUCGCACCAAUUUUCGUAUUAAUACGUUUUAUUGUGGUAUUUUUUUACGUUAUCAGGCUGAAAUACAUACACGAACAUAACAUACACACACGAACAUAACCUAACCGGCAACUUUUGAGACAUAUUUAGCAAAUACCAUGCUUUGUGAAACUAGUACUACCGUCGCUUGCAACUAAGGAUGAACCGUCGCAGAUAAAGCAUUGUCUAUUCUCAUGUCAAACUUCAAUGUUUUUACCGAGAAAGUUCAAUGUUUGUGAUGACAUUUGAUGGUUUCAAUUCGCUCAGCCAAUCAGCUUGGAGCUGGUUGAACGUGAUUGGCUGAUCAGAUUAAAAACUGUUGAGUGCUCUUGACAAACAUUGAACUUUCUCGGUAAAAACAUUAUUAAACUUUGUCAUGAGAAUAGACAAUGUUUUACCAGCAACCGUUCAUCCUUAGCUGCAAGCGAUGGUAUUCUUACAAUUACUUAAUUACUUUGUUCUCUUGCCUUGCAGGAAGUAGCUAGUUUAUUGGAAGAAGCAGUUGUAACUACCUUUGAUGAUUGCGAUUCAGGCGCAAAUGAUUCCAUUACUACAAGAAGACGAACUAAACUGGUAUGCUUUAAUCGUUCUUUUUCAGAAUUACUUCCUAGAGGUGCACUAACGCAAGAAGAAACUAAGCUGUAUUCAUAUUAGGUAGCUCUGUCAGUUCAAACCUGUUUUCUUUAGUUUUCCCAUAUGAGGCUUAUCCCAUGGAAAAUCUAAACGAAACUAACUUGUUUAUACUGGAUAGCUCCAUCAGUACAAAACUGUUCUCCUGCACGUAAAAACGCACAAGUUGCCACAGGUCUGCAAACAAGUUGUUAUAAAUCUGUUCACAAGCAGUCGACAAGCUGUCUUCGCACUGCUUGUUCCCAGUUGUUGUAAGAAGUUUGAAACAAGCUGUUAACAGCUUCUAACAAGUUUUGAUGGCAUUAUCAGACUUGUAGCAAAGUUGUUCAAACAAGUCUGAUACAGUCAUGAUAUGACAAGAAUGCUACAAGGUUGAUGACACAAGGUUGUAACAACAUUGUGAUAUCAUAUUCAUGACUGUAUCGUACUUGUUGGAACAACCUUGCAACAAGUCAGUCUGAUAAUAUCAACAAGGUUGUUACAAGUUGUUAACAGUUUGGAACAGACAACUUGGGACAAGCAGUGCGAAGACAACUUGUUGGCAGACUUGCUACAAAAUGUGAGAUUUUGCGUGUGUAGCUGGACGUGCAGUUAAGGUCCAUGUCUUAUUUGUUCAGUGAGGAUUGCCCUUAUUUAUUCAAUCUCAGCGCUGCAAAUAACGGCCAGUCAUCGGUCAAUGGCGUAUGUUAAUUUCCCCGGUCAUCAUGACCGUCAAGUUUGUGUAAUUAUUUGCAGCGUUGUAAUUUUACCACAGCUAAAGUGUCCAGUAAGGACCACAUCUUAUUAGAUCAGUGUUACUUCAGAAAGAAAUGGGAACCUCCUGUGUUUGGCAAAGUCAAACCGGACGCACUCUUCUCACUAGCUAGUGAGGCGAAAAUAUAGUCAGACCAUGACAGGAAAUAAUGGUAGGCCCUGGCAUCUAUAGGAUCCCAGAAAAUUUUCUGACCUGGCUUAGGCCUUAAAAAAUACCUGUGGUUCCGGUUUCCCGACCGACCCUAUUUUGUUCUGCCGACCCUAUUAUUUUUUCGACGCGAUUGACCGUGCGACCCUAUUUUCUCCGGGUGGCUGCGGGCUGCUCACACAGCGUGCCAAAAUCGUGUCUGUUGUCACACUAAUUAUUGAACCAAACUGCCUAAAUUUGUCCAUAGGAAAUACGCAUCUCUAUAGUUAAUAUUGAUGUCGGGACUCUACUGAAAAUCGCCCAGCAAAAAACCGCCAAAACCAUGAAAAAAAUAUUCAAAAAAAUUUAUUUCCGACCUACCUACCCUAAUUUUUUCACGAUUUGAAACUAGAACCACAGGUAUUUUUUUAGGGCAUUGGGGCAUUACAUUAACAGGCACAGAAAAUAAUUUAUUAGGAAGAAUAUUAGUAGCCUGCAUGGCAGGCGGUCUCUAAAAUCGGGCAAGCCUGGGAAAGACCCGCCUGCCAUGCAGGCUAGAAUAUUAGUGAUCUCGACAGAAAAGUUGACCUAAAACAUAGAUCCCUGCUAUGUAUGCUGUACGAAUCGAAGUUCUCAACAUUUAUUCUAAAGAACAAACACUUUUCUUUUCAGAUGCGUGCUGGGGGAGCGAAUGAUGAAAAAUGUAUAAUUUCGUAGUGAAGAAUUUACUUUCUUGUCGUUCAGCAGUAUAUGACGUGGAGGCGUCGGUUGUGUUCGCAAUAAGCUUAUACUAACACUAGUGUAAAUAUAAACUGUAUGCAAAUUGUAUUUGCCUUAAACAAAACUUACGCAGGUUGCUAUUGGAUUAUUUUACAAUAUCGCUAAUCGUAAAUAUAUCUUGCUAUUUACUGGGCUUUUGUUGUAUUUUAUGUGUUUUGUGUGAUGUCUGGUUUUACCUCGAGCAUGCGCAAAACAAGUGCACCACAAAGGCGAAGAAAUAGUAAUACUAUUUUUGACUAAAUACCAAGGCUUC